AUGUCGGACUUGAGCGAAAGACCUAGCCUGCCAUCCAUCAAAUCACUCUUUGGCGUCACCUCCGAAGAUUUACUCGACAGGGAAAACUCAGCAAAGCAGCAACAGCCACCGACUGCAAACGAAGAGCAGCAACAGUCACUCAACUCGCCCACCCGGAGACGAGUACUUCCCUUGCCUAGCUCAGGCUCGGAGCUCUUCCGGUCAGGCAGCUACCACCAGCGGGCGUCCUUUGAGAGCGACAGAGUCUCUGACGCUGGCUCUUGGUGCUCUACCGACAACGAGUCAGGCGGGUCUCACUCGCUCAGACGAUACCAUCAGAACUCCUCCGCUUCCUCAAUCUUGGGCGGCGUCUCUAUCGUCUCUGGACCGCCACCUGCAGGCUCCGCCAGUGCAGGCGUCAGCAGACGGUCCACAAAGUCGGGCAGACAUCGCCGACACGACUCUCACAACGAUCCCUACCGACCGCGAUCCCCGCUCUCGCCCCGAUCUUACUAUACCAGCCUGCCACCCAGGACGAGUUCGCUCGAGACGCCUCAGGAGACAGACGCGGAGUCGACGUUCAUCUCCCGGCUCUCUUCUGGGCCUGCCGCGAUAGACACCCGUCUGACGGCGGCCUCCUUCUCUCUGCAGCCGGUAGCAAAGACGCCUACCCAGCUCACCGCGCCUAAUCUGCUGGGCGGCCUCACCCCGAAAGCUUCUGGUAUCGCCAUCUCGUCCAGUCCCGUAGCGACGGCGCUGGAACCCAUCAGAGCGGUCGAUCCCUCGCUCGAGGGACCAAAUUCACCGGCAAGGCGGAGGACACAAUCCUUGACGGGAAUAUACAUGUCUCAGUCCCAUAAUUCGCCCUACCGGGCGUCAUACGAUGACCAGCUGCAUCCCUCUCUACACGGGACACAGCCACUGGCAUCAGGCUCGACCAGUCGCGUCUUGGACCAAGAUGAGACCAGUCUGGCGCGAGCUCAUUCUGUAGGCAGCAAACGCAACAUCGGCAGCAUCACUUCUUCCCAGAGAACAGAAACUCAGGGCGAUCACGCUAUGGACGAGCAGGAGGCGAACCACUUCAGCGACGAAGCCGACCUCAAGCGAAGACAUAGCUCGUCCUCCGCCAACGCUGUCCGCUACGCUAAUCGCUCGCCUGUCCCGAACCACUUCUCGACCGAACCGGGCCUCUACCAGACUCAUGGAGUCCCGCCGGGCUUCAACGUUGGUCCUGGCUAUCCUGGCGGGCAGCCAGCUGGGCAGGUCGCGCACAGAGCGAGAGUCAUCCCGAGCGGGUCGCCAGCCAACUUUUACGAGUCCUUUGCGAUACCGCGAAAUCAGCCGAGUCACCAUCAGUUCCACCACCCUUCGCAACAACACCCUCAUCUUGCUCGAUCGGCUGACAUGUACGCCCUCGGAAGCUCACAAGGCUCAGAGUCCUCUGAGGCUGCUGCGCGGAUGAGCAAAAUGUCGCUCUUCUCGCCCCGUGCCAGCCAUUCCUCGUCAUCCUUGGGCGGCUCGAUCUACGAGAACAAUGCGUUCUCGCCAGCCCAAUCGGGCUACAGCACUGGCUUGUCAUCUACCAGUCCUAUCUUCACUCCUCAAUUUCAAGGCAAGGGACCCCUGACGCAGUCGACGAGUCGGUCAGACUACGAGGAAUCAGGUCCAGAUACCCAAAGUCCUUACUCGCCAGCGGCCUCUGCCUCUGGGUCCGGCCAUUCGGCGACGCGCUACACUUGUCCAUUCUGCUCCAAGAAAUUCUCUCGACCUUCAAGCUUGCGCAUUCAUGUUUACAGUCACACUGGCGAGAAGCCGUACACUUGCGAACUCUGUCAUCGUGGCUUCAGCGUCCAGUCAAAUUUGCGCCGUCACCUCAAGGUGCACAAGACUCAGCAGUCUGCUACGGCGAGCAAAGAAACCCUCGAUAGCGCCAUGGAAGGCGACGAAGACGAGGAUGAGCAGGCGACCGGCAUUGGCGGCAACCCGGGCCAGACCAGCGCAGAAGCGUUCGAUCCGCCUCUGCAACGAUAA